AUGUUUUACGCGCAGCAAAAGCCGCAACAGCCGCCCAUUAAAACGGCGACGCUUUUAUUACGCGACGUGGAAAAGACGCUACAAAGAGUCGCGAACAAAUAUUACAACAGCGCGAACGUGAAGCCGUCUCGAGCGUUCACGGGAUGGAUGAAGCAAAGGAAACGAGAGUUCACGGCGAAGGAUGAAACGUCGGCGUUUUUAGAACGAUGCGAAUACGUAUGCGUCGAGAAUGAAGAAGACCAACGGCGACUCCCGACCGUGAACGAGAAAAGAGCGCGAGAAUUAUUCGAGGACUUCAAAGAACAGAGUUCUACUUUCGCCGUUUUGCUCGUUCCUGGAUUGUGGGGGCAUCAUUAUCCAGGAUAUUACGUCACCGUGAGAGAUAUGUUUCGUUCGAUAGAUAUCGAGUGCGAAAUAUCGCGAGUAAACUCGGAAGGUUCGGUGAAGGAGAACGCGAGAACAGUUAAGGACGAAAUCGAGGCGUUGUGUGAGAAUAAGAAUAAAGACGACGAGAAGAGAAGAAAAAGAGUUUUAGCGAUGGGCCAUUCGAAAGGUGGACUGGACAUCGCCGCCGCGCUGGCGCUGUUUGAAACGGAGUUGGAAGACAAACUCGCGGGAUUCGUGUGCGUUCAGUCGCCUUACGGGGGGUCACCAAUUGCUGAAGAUUUGUUGAGCAAUAAGUACGUGCGAUCGGGCGUUCAUUUUGCGCUCGAGGCUGCGUUCGGAGAGAGCAGAAAUUCAGAAGCGAUUAAAAAGAUGGUGAAGCCGGUGGAAGAUUUAACGUAUCGCGCGCGAAUACGAUUUCUUCGAAAACACCCGUUGCCGGAACAGUUCAGGGACAAAACGGUAUGUUUCCACUCCAAAACGACCAGCAAAGAUUCCGCGAUGACCAACAUCGCUCUGUACAGUUUAUCGCAAUACAACGAAGAAGGGGACGGUUUAGUCUGUCGGUCCGACGCCGAAAUCCCACACACGAGAGUCGUUCGAUACGACGAGGAAUUUGAUCACGUCGAUCCCGCCUUUCCGACGUCAUUUUCUGACGCGCUCGUCCGAGACCAUCGCGAAUUCUACGCGAAAGAAAACGAGCGAAGAAUAAAACGUGGGAACAAAAUGCUCCUACCCACCCCACUGGGCAUCAAAGGCGCCGAGUUGACCUCUCAAGUUUUAGCCGUUCCGGGUAGAGUGAAACACGACACCGCUUCCGUCCAUCUCGCGUUGGCGCAUUUAGCUUUAAGCGCGCCCGCGAAGAAGAAGAAACAGAAGAAGAAGAAGAAGGAAAGUAUUCAAAACGGAGAGAGAGAGGUAGUAGUAAACGAGGACGACGCGCAACAAACCACAAAAACCACCGCAAUAGAAGUCGCUUAA